UGUUAAGGCCCUGCAUCACAUGAAACCCAUUGAGCCUGAAGAUGCAGAAUUGUGCACAAGGAACCACACAGUAAAAGAUCAGCAUACAAUUAUCAUUGAUGAAGCCUGUGAAUGGACUGUCAAGGCGUCUGAUAAAUUCGCCCAAUUGUUCUUCACGGCUACGCGUCUGGAAAAUGAUGCCCGAUUGUGUGAUACAGACGAUAGUAUUCAGGUAAAGGAAGAUCUUACUGAUAACACGGUAGCCACAUUAUUGAACAUCAACUGCUCUACACCAUAUAUGGUCCAGCUUAUGUUCUCAUCGACUGCGAAGGUGAAGGUCAAGGCAAGUGGAGCAGACAUUAUAUUGAACAUGACCUUCAAAGAAUAUAGAAAGCAAGACUUCUUCAUUUCGUCAAAGGAAGAGGGUUACUCGCAGAAAAAUUGCCACGAGUUUUUAGAUACUAAAAUGCAAAUUGGAGUUAGGAAUCUCUCUGUGGGGGAAAUGUUGAAACCAACGGAGCAUGAAUUCCUAAAGUUCAACCACACUUUCUUCGAAUCUAACAACGGAACAAUUGUGCAGGGGAUGCAAACCUGUGAUAAAAAAUGCUCGACAUCAGACUUCUUUACUUUCCAUGAUACGGUCUGUUACUGUUUGGAUGGCACACUAGGGAUUGAUACCAUGGCGAAAUAUUGCUCGUUCCCUUGCCAAGAAAACCUUCGGGAAAUGUGUGGAAGGCCGAACUACCUAACAAUUUACAGUUCAGACUCAAUUACUACCUGUCAACUCCUACACACAGGCUCCGAAGUUUUUUUUUACACGCACAUAUGCCCACUGCUCAACACAACGAAGGAACAUUUGCCAAAACGAACUUUGUGGACAGACGUUUGAAGAAAACAAAGGUGUCUAUAAUUUUACGGCCAAACCUGGUAAGCAUGAAUGUACCUGGAAAAUCAGUGUGGGGUUUGACGUCGCAAUAAACGUGAGUGCUGAGAUGGACACUCAGUCAAUGGUACAGAUCUGCUUGAAACACGAGUUGAGUAUUUUCACGAAAACCCAUUCGACUGCUAAUUUAACAGAUAAGUCGUUAUGUAUGACUGGACUUAUCGAUUUCUUCGGUGUGGGUCCAGUCUUUAUCAACUUAAAUACAGAUAGCACAACAUCAACCACAGUGAUCUUC